GCCCAACGGUUUUGAAAAUCAGGUGCAGCUUCCCCCGCCGUAGCUUAGGGUUUUACUUUAGACCCGUCGUGGAGCAAAACUUUACAUUUUGAGACCGCAAAAUGUCUGAAGUGAAUGCGACCCCUGAAAUUCCUCAAAGCAACACCAUCUACAUCAACAACCUCAACGAGAAGAUUAAGAUUGAUGAGUUGAAGAAGUCUCUGAACGCUGUUUUCACUCAGUUCGGGAAGAUACUUGAGGUGUUAGCUUUCAAAACCCUAAAGCACAAAGGUCAAGCUUGGGUGGUCUUUGAAGAUGCCUCUUCUGCUUCCAACGCCCUAAGGCAAAUGCAAGGUUUCCCCUUCUAUGAUAAGCCCAUGAGAAUACAGUAUGCAAAGACCAAAUCUGAUAUAAUAGCAAAAGCAGAUGGUACUUUCGUUCCUAGGGAAAAACGAAAGAGGCAUGAUGACAAAGCCAAAAAGCGGAAGGACCAACAUGAUGCUAAUUUAGCUGGAAUGGGCCUGAAUCCAGCUUAUGCUGGUGCUUAUGGUGCAGCACCUGCUAUAGCUUAUCCAGGCGGUGCAAAAUCUAUGGUACCUGAGGCUCCUGCACCACCAAAUAAUAUUCUCUUUAUUCAGAAUCUUCCCAAUGACUCAACUCCCAUGAUGCUGCAAAUGCUCUUUCUUCAAUAUCCUGGAUUUAAGGAAGUUAGAAUGGUUGAAACAAAGCCAGGGAUUGCCUUUGUGGAAUAUGGAGAUGAAAUGCAAUCCACAGUGGCUAUGCAGACGCUGCAAGGUUUCAAGAUAACCCCACAAAACCCCAUGUUGAUAACUUAUGCCAAGAAAUAGACAGUGGUUUCUUGAACUUAUGAGAAAGGCAGGAAUCACAUCUUCAACAUGGAGGUUUUAAUCCAUCUAAUUCAGUGGUCUAUCUUAAUUGGUAUUUAUUGCUUCGUGUAUGAUUGUAGUUAGGGAUAAUAACUUUGCCAUUUUUAUACAAAUAUGUAUUUAAAAAAAUACUGUUUCAAAUUUAUCUGUUACAAAACUAUUUCUCUUUCUAGAAUUGUCAUUUGUCAUGCUUUUGUCUC